AGCUGCUGUGCUGCUCUGGUGCCCCAGUACUUGCUUACGCUGUGACUUUGGAUAACGAAGAGAAGUGAAUUACGAAACAUAUGGUAAGAAACCGAAAGCAACUCGCCUUUAUUGAGUUCUCAAGAACAUAAUUGACCACUUGGUACAUUAUGAAGAUGCAUUAGGAAACUGGAUAUGGUGCCAAAAGAACUCCACACGUUUCCAUGACUCUCUUGGACCCUGACUCAGAUAUUUUUGGAUAUAUAUUUCUCUUCUAAGAAGAAGAGUGCAUCCUCCAAGUGCUCUCUGCCAGCUCACUGGCAGAGAUCUUGUGCUAAGAUCAUGGACCAUUCUAACAGGGAAAAGGAUGAAAGGCAGCGCACGACGAAGGGGAUGCCGGGCAGGAGCGGGCACGGUACUCGGCCGUCGAGUUCAUCUGCAUCUUCUGGUGUUCUUAUGGUGGGACCCAACUUCAGAGUGGGCAAGAAGAUUGGGUGUGGGAACUUUGGAGAACUCAGACUAGGCAAAAAUCUCUACACCAAUGAAUAUGUAGCGAUCAAACUGGAACCAAUAAAAUCACGUGCACCACAGCUUCAUUUAGAGUACCGAUUUUAUAAGCAACUUGGAAGUGCAGCUGAAGGCCUUCCCCAAGUGUAUUACUUUGGACCGUGUGGAAAGUACAACGCCAUGGUACUAGAACUGCUUGGUCCGAGCUUGGAAGAUUUGUUUGACCUCUGCGAUAGGACGUUCACUUUGAAGACGGUGUUAAUGAUCGCCAUCCAGCUGAUAUCUCGGAUGGAAUAUGUGCAUUCAAAGAACCUCAUCUACCGAGAUGUCAAGCCAGAGAACUUCCUUAUUGGCCGGCAAGGCAAUAAGAAAGAGCACGUCAUUCACAUCAUAGACUUUGGAUUGGCGAAGGAGUACAUUGAUCCCGAAACCAAAAAACACAUACCUUACAGGGAACACAAGAGCUUAACUGGAACAGCAAGAUACAUGUCCAUCAACACUCAUCUCGGCAAAGAGCAAAGUCGUCGAGACGAUCUGGAGGCCCUUGGCCAUAUGUUUAUGUAUUUCCUCCGAGGCAGCCUGCCCUGGCAAGGAUUGAAGGCUGACACCUUGAAAGAGAGGUAUCAGAAGAUUGGGGACACAAAGAGAAACACUCCGGUUGAAGUUCUCUGUGAGAACUUCCCAGAGGAGAUGGCCACGUAUCUCCGUUACGUUCGGCGAUUAGACUUCUUUGAGAGACCAGACUACGAUUACUUGCGCACCAUCUUCACAGAGCUGUUUGAAAAGAAAGGCUACACCUUUGACUACAUCUAUGACUGGGUUGGCAGGCCAAUUCCUACUCCAGUGGGAUCCGUUCACAUAGAUUCCGGGACAUCUGCAGUAACAAGAGACAGCCACAUACACAGAGAUCGACCAUCGCAGCAGGCCCAUCGCAAUCAGGCACCAUCAGAUCGCCGAGGAGAGUGGGAGAUCCAGCCCAACCGGCAGACCAAUACCUCGUACCUGACAUCUCAUUUGGCUGCAGACCGGCACGGAGGAUCAGUGCAGGUGGUCAGCUCGACCAACGGGGAGCUGAACGUCGAUGACCCGACGGGGGCCCACUCCAACGCCCCGAUAACGGCGCAGGCAGAAGUGGAAGUGGUGGAGGAGGCUAAGUGCUGCUGCUUCUUUAAGAGGAAAAGGAAGAAGACGGCUCAGCGGCACAAGUGACCUGCCGGGGCCUGGCAGGGACAGC